GCGCCGGCGGGCCCUGCGUGGCACCGCGGAUCGGCCGCCUCAGCGGAACCCUCCUCCGCACCGCGCCGCGCCUCCCCGCCGAGAGGAAAUCAUGGUUAUGCUGAAGAUUUCAUCUUUCCUUGCUGUUUAUGCCUUGGUUGUGUGCCAGAUGGAGAGCUGCCAGGCAGCCCCAGUCAGACCUGGCCUGGAGUCCCUGGCAGAGCGAGUGACGCUCAGCGACUACGAAGCUCGGAGGUUAUUAAACGCCCUGGUCAAAGAGUUCAUACAGAUGACAGCAGAAGAGCUGGAGCAAGCCUCUGAGGGGAACAGCCUGGAUAGACCUAUUUCCAAACGCUGUGCCAGUCUGAGUACUUGUGUGCUGGGCAAACUGUCUCAAGAAUUGCACAAAUUGCAAACUUACCCUCGCACUGACGUCGGGGCUGGAACUCCUGGCAAGAAAAGAAAUGUGCUGAGUGACCCGGAACACGAACGCUAUGCAAGCUAUGGGGACCCUCUAGGAAACAACUAGACAUUGCUUAUUCCUCCCCUCCUACCCCUUUUUUUAACCUGAUGCAUGUGGAUCUAACUUUGAUUGCUAACUUUGCUGUGUUCUUUUGAUUCUGUUUUCGACAGAGAAUGUUUGAGAUGGACCAUAAAGUUAGGAAGACAGAGAACAUAACAUGCACACCAAGCUAGGGGGGGAAAAUAAAUAAAUAAAAAUAAACAGCACUGCCUUGACAUUUCAAAUGAUUUUCUUAGACCCUGAUUAAAAAAAAAAUUCUAAACAAGGCUCUUCAUUUCUGGCUGUUAAGUGUACAAGUAGACUCUUCUUUUGUGCUUGGCCAUGCACUUGUUCAAUAAACCUAUUUUUCUAUAAGGAUUAGAUCUGCUUGGUUUAAUAACUUGUUUUAGGAUGUGAGAUUUCUAGAAAAGGCUAGAAAAAUUUUAAAAGCUGUCUUAAUAUUCAAGAGAGGCAAUGCCAGUAAUUCUAGAGAAGUUUUAAGAGAACUUAGAAAUUGGAAUUGGACACAUACGUACGUACUGAUGUGAUUGGGCAAGCAUGUACUCCUGUUAGCAAGGGUCCUGAGGAGCAAAGGAAUGAGGAAAGGCUCAUACAAAUUUGUUCAAACAAACUAGAAAUGUAAUCCUGUUUAAAACUGGGUACUGAAUACUUCCAGGUAAGAAUUUUGUGUUCUUUUCUUCUUCCUUUCUUACUUUACAAUAGGUCUUUACAACAGUAUAUUUUAAAA